AUGAAGAACUCGCUCAGCGAUCCUCUAGGUAAGCUCAGCUCAUGGACUUUCACCAACACCUCGGCUGGCGCGCUCUGCAAUUACACUGGUGUAUCAUGUUGGAAUGAUCGUGAGAACCGUCUGUCUGGUCUUGAGUUUCGCGACAUGAAGCUCGUCGGCCACAUUCCAGAGGCUCUGCAAUUCUGUCAUAGUUUGCAAUCUGUGGAUCUUGCUGGUAACCAACUCACUGGUUCUAUCCCUGCACAAAUCUGUAGUUGGUGUCCUUAUCUCGUAACCAUUGAUUUGUCUGAUAACCAACUCACUGGUCCGAUUUCGGCUGAUCUUGUUAAUUGUUCGUAUAUGAACAAUCUUAUUUUGUCAGACAACAAAUUAUCUGGUAAUAUACCUUAUCAAUUUUCUGCAAUGCAACGACUUAAGAAGUUUGCUGUUGCAAAUAAUGAUCUGUCUGGCACGGUUCCAUCGUCCUUUGAUUCUAUUAAUUCCACCGAUUUUGUUGGGAAUAAUGGGCUUUGCGGCUGGCCGCUUGGGAAAUGUGGCGGUGGUUUUAGCAGGAAAGAUAUGAGAAUUAUAAUUGCAGCCGGUGUUUCUGGUGCGGUGGCGUCCAUGUUGUUAGUGUGA